UAUUCAGUUAUAAUGUGACAUAAAACUUGACAGUACCCCUUUAAAGACUAUAUUUCCCAGCAUGCACCACGGCUAACGCGCCUGGUUUGGCCCUGCACGCGAGCCUUACGAAGACGUCACGAGUUCCCGUGGUGAUCAUGGGAAUGACAGCGGGCAGCUAGCAUCACUAAGACAGCCAGGCGACUCUCCGAAGACAGACCCGUUGCGGGUCAACAUGGCCAAUAUCACGAAGAAGGUGUCGUGGUCCAGUCGUGCGGACGAUUCUGGCGCCGCCGGCGAGGGAACGCCGCUGCUGAACGGUUCUGAGAAGUCCAAACACUCCCGACAGUCUGGAUCGAGUGGUGCAUCUAAUGUUGGACGACUGAGCACCGUGGAUUUGGAGGAGGAAAUCACGUCUGAAGAGGAGUCUUUUCGGGGACGGCCCAAAGAAAUUCCUCAUAAUGAGAAGCUACUGUCACUUAAAUAUGAGAGUCUGGACUAUGACAACAGUGAGAACCAACUCUUCCUGGAAGAGGAGAGGAGGAUGAGUUACAUGAGUUUCCGAUGUCUGGAGAUCAGCCGCUGGGUUGUUUGUGGUCUCAUCGGCUUCCUCACGGGACUCAUUGCGUGUUUCAUUGACAUCUCGGUGGAGCAGCUGGCAGGAAUCAAAUAUCAAGUGGUGAAGCGAAACAUAGAACAGUUCACAGACGCAGGGGGCCUGUCCAUCUCCCUCAUCCUCUGGGCUGUCCUCAACUCUGCCUUUGUCAUGGUGGGGGCCAUCAUUGUCGCCUUUUUUGAGCCGAUCGCUGCUGGAAGUGGAAUUCCUCAGAUAAAAUGUUACCUGAAUGGAGUGAAAAUACCACGGGUAGUUCGACUCAAGACUCUCCUGAUAAAAGUAGCUGGCGUUAUUUGUUCGGUGGUCGGUGGCCUUGCUGUGGGAAAGGAAGGCCCAAUGAUUCACUCUGGUGCUGUUGUUGCUGCUGGAGUCUCCCAAGGAAGAAGCACCACUUUGAAAAAAGACCUAAAGAUCUUUGAAUACUUCCGAAGAGAUACAGAGAAGAGAGAUUUUGUGUCUGCGGGAGCUGCAGCUGGUGUUUCUGCUGCCUUUGGGGCCCCUGUCGGGGGCGUUCUGUUCUCCCUGGAGGAAGGGGCUUCUUUUUGGAACCAGAUGUUAACAUGGAGGAUAUUUUUUGCCUCUAUGGUCUCCACGUUUACACUGAACUUUUUCCUGAGCAUCUAUCAUAGCAAUCCGGGUGACCUGUCUAACCCAGGUCUCAUCAACUUCGGACGCUUCGAUAGUGAUAGUGUGACGUACAACCUGUAUGAGAUUCCAUUAUUCAUCGCCAUGGGAGCCAUAGGUGGUUUGUUGGGAGCUCUUUUCAACGUCCUCAACUACUGGCUGACCAUCUUUCGAAUCAGAUACGUCCACCGGCCCUGUCUGCAAGUGAUGGAGGCCAUGUUGGUGGCUGCAGUCACUGCCACCGUGUCUUUUACGAUGAUCUACUUCUCGAAUGACUGCCAACCUCUGGGACCAGACCACACUGAGGAGUAUCCGCUGCAGCUGUUCUGUGCGGAUGGGGAGUAUAAUUCGAUGGCGACUGCCUUCUUCAAUACCCCGGAGAGAAGUGUCCGCAGCCUGUUCCACAACCAGCCAGGAACCUACAACCCCCUGACAUUGGGCUUGUUCACCAUCACCUACUUUUUCCUGGCCUGUUGGACCUAUGGACUGGCUGUGUCUGCUGGAGUCUUCAUCCCGUCUCUGCUGAUCGGAGCAGCCUGGGGGAGGUUGUGUGGAAUUCUGCUUGCCAGCACCACAUCUGGUGGAUCGGUUUGGGCCGAUCCUGGUAAAUAUGCCUUGAUCGGUGCAGCAGCUCAGCUUGGAGGAAUUGUGAGGAUGACUCUAAGUUUGACUGUCAUCAUGGUGGAAGCCACUGGAAAUGUCACAUACGGUCUCCCCAUCAUGCUCGUCCUGAUGACAGCCAAGAUCGUAGGGGACUAUUUUGUGGAGGGGCUCUAUGACAUCCACAUCAAACUGCAGAGUGUACCCUUCCUGCACUGGGAGGCUCCAGCCACAUCCCACUGGCUGACUGCUCGUGAGGUGAUGAGUUCUCCAGUCACCUGCCUGAGAAAGAUUGAGAAGGUGGGACACAUCGUGGAGAUCCUCAGCAACACCUCUUCCAAUCACAAUGGUUUCCCUGUCGUGGUGCAGGUUCCUGGCAGUGAUAAGCCACCAAAACUGUGCGGCCUCAUUCUGAGAUCUCAGCUCAUUGUUCUCCUGAAACACAAGGUGUUUGUGGAGUUGGCCCGUUCCCGGCUCCACACGAGGAAGCUCCAGUUGAAGGACUUCAGAGAUGCCUACCCUCGUUUCCCGCCAAUUCAGAGCAUCCACGUGUCCCAGGAUGAGAAGGAGUGUAUGAUGGACCUCUCUGAGUUCAUGAACCCAACACCUUACACGGUUCCACAGGAAACAUCUCUUCCUCGAGUGUUCAAGCUCGUGAGAGCGCUGGGACUGAGGCACUUGGUGGUGGUGGACGAUGAAAACAGGGUGGUUGGACUGGUGACCAGGAAAGACUUGGCCAGAUAUCACUUGGGCAAACAUGGACUGGAAGAGCUGCAGCUGGCUCAGACAUAGGACUCAUGCUACGUGAACAGAAACUGAAGCAUUCCAUGUAGUUGAACUGAAACCAUCACAAGUGCCUAACUGAAGAAGCCUGUCAUUGUCAGCAGCCAACACUCCUUUUUUUUCGUCACAGUCACUCAUUCUUGAUAGCAGAAAACACUGUCACCCAGUCAAACACUGGAGCCACUGAAGGACAAUUCAGCGUCAGGAUGAUGAACAAGGGGCUGAUGAAGAUUCUGGUAGAUAUUCUGGGUUGAUCUAGCAGUGUCUUGGAUUCAAUUCUCGCGCUCCCAGUGCUGGGAGGGAGUCGGCUAACUGUUGGACGUAGCAUCUUUAUGACGGCUAAAUACGAAAGGUGAUAAAGCGGUUUGUGUGGAAAGAUUGAGUGACUCUGUGAAGCUCUUGGCCGUUUAAGGUCUUGCUUUAGUGUUUUGUGUUGUUUUGCAUUGAAGUGAUGUUAUUUAUUGAUGCGGAUCACUUUGGGUUUUUAACACAGAGUGAAAAUGCCCAGCUGUAGUUUUAACAAUGGUGGAAGAUGAUCCAUGUCCUGCUGGGUCAGAGCCACCGCCACGUGCACCUCUCACGGCUGACAUCAGUACGCCACCUUCACAUACAUUUCUGUGGUCAUCAGUGUUAGUUUCAGUGGCGUCCCCCCGUUUUGUUGCCAUUCUGCAAACAAGUUUCUCUUUUAUAACCACUGGACAGGACGUGAAUGAAUAAAAGGAUAUGAUUUGUUGUUAAACCGUCUCAACUCAUCACCAUGGUUACGCGUGCUUUUCUCUUGUACCACUAGAUGAGUCACAGGUUGUAUUCAUCAGACGGGAAAGUUGUUUUUUUUUUUUUUAUUGCAAAAAAUUAAAGUAUAGUCAUGAACACUGUCAGAUUGCGGUAUCAGACGGGAAAGUGAUUUCAACCGAUUGUGCCUGGAUUGACGCCGAAGCGUGUGACGUCACACAUGAACGUUAGUUGUGUGUGUAGGAUUGGUGUAUCUAUUCUUGUGAAGACCAAUUCAAUUCCGGCAGGAACACCUCCUUGUGAGAACAUUUGCCUUUAGGACCAUUGACAAGACUAAACUGAAAUUCGAAGGUUAAAGGUUAUUAUAGGUCAUUACAAUUGGCUUUAAGUUUGGUUUGUGUGUGUGAGUGUCAUUGUCUGCGCUUUGUUUUCUCAAUUUUAUAGCCACUAACCAGUUUGAUGUGAACCAAGUCCAUUUUUUUAAGAUAAGAACUCCUUUGUGAAGGGAUGAAUUCAACUUACCCUCAUCUCUCUAUUAUUUAAAACCGAUAUGCAUAGAAAAACAAAUGCAAUCUAAGCAAAAACAUCCAUGAUCGAAGUGCGGCAUACAGAGGAAUAAGUGUUGUAUCGAGGCAUGACACAGCUGACCGUUUACUUUCACGGUCCACAGUUUGCAGAAAGAAAUCAAGUCCAUAAACCAAAGGAGCACAGGUGCCUCUCCAGAGACAUAAAUACAGGCCAGUCGCUCGCCUACUUGUUGUCUGCUGGUUGUUGUCGACAGGCAGCAGUUCAGUGCUAAUGGCCGUGUCAGACUGGGAGGGAGCUCCUGACUGACUUUAAUGAAACCAAAUGACUGGAGUGUUUUCUCAGGAAGCCCCGGGGUCAUGCUGCUUCAUUAUGAGCCGCAGUUGCACUGGCGGAGUCUGGAUGAUGGCUGCCGAUACUUCACAACCCACCCAUGUGAUCCUCCACCAACAACCUGUGGUGACUCCUGAAAUGAAACACAUUCCGCUCCUGUCCUCCAUACUAUAUAGAUUAUAAACAACGUAACAUCCUGUGCGUGCGUGCAACAUUACCACAGCACAUGCACGUGCAGCUUUAUGGAAUCGGCUGGCAAACAGGUUGCUUUUGUUGAUGUUUUUCACUACACAAUGGCCAGCGUUUCCACUACUCUGAAUGGACUUGAAAUUCUUAUAAAAUCUAAAUUCUUAUACAAAUAUUUUCAAGACAUUAAAAGAGCUGUAGCUGUAGUAGCUGUAAGGUGAUAAAAAAACUUGAAUAUAGCCGCCAUUGUGAUUUCUUGCGCUAUUGUCAAACUGAUGCAAAAUAAACAAUAUUUUGUUCUUUAAAUGUAAGUAUGGAUCCAUCAUUAGUUUCACUAAUAUACCAAAUUCAUUCAAAUUGAAAAAUGUGGCUUCUUGUGGCAAAUAUUCUUAUACCAUUAAACUGCAAUAAAUUGACAUUAUUUAAUCACAAAUUCUCUUUUUUUUUUUUAUUGAAUCUCACCCCAAAUAUUUAUAUAUUAAUAACUAAAUUAAUGUUAGAUUCAUUAUGUGUUACAACACGUUCUUGUAUGGAAUUGAAGCAUGAAAGCAUGUAUGAUCCUUGUAUUUAACACUGUUCCCUCAGAUAAGACGUGAUGGACCUGAUAUCUUCUCAUUCACUAAAGGAUAAAUCUAAUCUCUUCUAACCUUCUAACGUGAAGUUAAGAGGCAAAAUAGAGUCGCUACUGUGAACAAGAAGUUACCUUUCUUGUACCAAAGCAGCUCCAGGAUGCUGUUCAGCUCUGGCCUCCCUGAGUCAAAGGUGUCAUACCGCUCUGUUCUGCGUCUUCAUGCUGGAAUUACCAUCGCGAGGUUUGUCUUCAGCAGAGAUCCUUUCAUUGCCUC